AAUCCCCAUCUCUCUCAUCAGACUCAAUCUAUCUGACAGCAACGAUGGCAGAAGUCGCCCCAGCUGCACCCGUCGCUCCGGCCAAAGCCCCGAAGAAGAAAGCGGCCAAACCGAAGGAGAAGUCCGGACCCAGAACCGACGAGAUCAUCCUGAAAGCAGUCGCCGGCUCUCAGGACCGUAAAGGCCUCUCCUACAGUGCUCUGAAGAAGGCGAUGGCCGCUCAGGGCUACGAUGUGGAGCACAAGCGGUCCGCGAUCAAGCGCUCUGUGAUGAGCCUGGUGGGGAAAGGAGCUCUGGUCCAGACUAAAGGAACCGGGGUCUCCGGGUCCUUCAAGGCAGCGAAGGUCACCGACAAGCCGAAGAAGGCGAAGAAAGCAGCUGUCAAAGCUGAGAAACCUGCAGCCAAGAAAGGUGCUGCUGCUAAGAAACCAUCAGCUGUCAAGAAACCUAAAGCAGCUAAAACAACCCCGAAGAAGGCAAAGGCAAAGAAACCAGCAGUAGACAAGAAACCAGCAGCAGACCAGAAACCAGCAGCUGAUCAAAAACCAGCAGCAAAGGAGGUGAAGAAGACGGCUACACCCAAGAAGGCCGCUAAGAAGGCCGCCAAACCCAAAGCUGUAAAGACCAAGAAGGCUGCAGCCAAGAAGUAAAGAUCAACAAUCCUGUCUCACUUUCUGUUCUACCUGGAAAUCUAUCUGUAAAAGUUUGUGAUUUUUUUUUUUUAAUAAUAAUAAUUCUGCAUCAGUUGGUUUCUCUUCUGUCCACCACCAAAGAGUUCCCAAGGGAGAGACUCCACAACACAAGAAAUGUGUUGUCAUGGAAGUUGACUUCCAGGUUAGUUAUCCUAAACGUUUUUCUGGUGUCAUUUCAUGACUUUAUGAUAAAUUGUUUGAGGCAAUGAUUAACUUCAUGUAUAAACAUUUUUUUGUUCAUUAACAUCUUGGUGCUGGUUUUGUGGGGUUUAGUAGGAUGUAAAACAAUCCACACAAUUUCGUUAGCAAACUCUGGCUAGCCAUUAGCCUCCUUCACAAUAACACAACACAACAGUAAGAGAUCCUGGUAACAGAAAAUGAGCAUUAACCUUCCGUUCUGCUUUGUUGUUGUUCAUGUUUGCCUCCACAUUGGUUGUGUUGCCACCAGCUAAAUUGAAUUAAGUGGUUCUAUGAUUUGAUGAAUUUGUAAAUAUUAUCAGAAAUAUCAUUUAUUUUUCUGUCCAUGUUGAUGUGACUCUGAAUUUUAUAUUGUGUUCACAUUUGUUUCAAGGGAUAUAGACCAGCUGUUUUUUUUUCUCGUAAUUUGUUCUUAAGAGUUUGUAACAACAUGUAUCGACCAACAUUACAACCAGUUCUAUUUUAGUGACUGAAGUUAUUCAUUUUGUUAAUACCACAAACUUGACAAAUUUGUGUUUCAAUCAGUGUUAAGCUUUUCUGAAUUCUGUUUUUUAAAUUGUGGCUCAUCCGUUGUAUUUGAUCAUUCUCUGCACAUUUCCUGUUUGUUAAAUGUAAAUAAAUAUAUUUUUAUACUUGCA